AUGGUAACUAUUUGCUUUUCGAUUACCUCAAUGGGAAAUAAUUCUCACGGAGCGGGGAUGACAAAGACAAUAGGAUACCGAGACUGGAGAUGGCAGGCGCUUUGGUGGCAUCAUUUCUUUCUCUUGUGGAGUACAAUAGACGGGCAGACACGUUACAGCAUCCCAGAGGAACUAAAACAGGGCUCUGUGGUCGGAAAUCUAGCCAAAGAUCUGGGUUUGGGACUAUCUGAGAUUUUUGACCGUAAACUGCGAGUCGCCUCUGAGGCUGGUAAGCAGUAUUUCAGCGUGGAUGCGGGGAAGGGCGAGCUGGUGGUGAAUGACAGAAUAGACAGAGAGGCUCUAUGCGGACAAAGCGCCAGCUGUGUGUUGACUCUGCAAGUGGUCAUUGAUAAACCGUUACAAUUAUACCGGGUUGAGGUGGAAAUACAAGAUAUCAAUGAUAACUCUCCAGUAUUCCCUUCACAAGAUAUUACAUUAGAAAUAUCCGAGUCGACAGCAGCAGGGGCACGUUUUCCAGUCGAGAGUGCACAGGAUCUUGAUGUUGGAGUGAAUUCCGUGAGGUCGUAUACAAUAAGUAAAGAUGACUUUUUUAGUUUAAAGAUUAAAGAUGUGUCAGGUGGGAGGAAAGUCCCAGAACUAGUCCUGUCUAAAGCUCUCGACAGGGAGAGAAAAGCUAGACAUCAUCUACAACUAACAGCUCUGGAUGGGGGAAGCCCAGCGAAAUCUGGGACCUCACAAAUAAUUAUAAAUGUUCUUGAUAUUAAUGAUCAUUUUCCCGUGUUUGAGAAAAAUGUUUACAAAGUCUCCAUCAGCGAAAAUAGCGUACACGGUGCAUCGAUCCUAAAACUUACAGCAAACGAUACUGAUGAAGGUCCGAAUGGAGAAGUGGAGUAUUCAUUUGGAACCCACACACCGGAUAUUGUUCUAUCUGUUUUUGAUAUUGAUUCAUUAACCGGGGAAAUACGUCUGAUAGGGACGUUAGAUUUCGAAACAAUUGCAAAUUAUGAAAUAGACAUUUGCGCACGAGACAAAGGAACUCCGAGAAUGGAGGGACAUUGCACUGUCCACAUCGAGGUGCUAGAUGUGAAUGAUAAUGCUCCGAAUAUAUUUCUGACCUCCCAACCAAACUCUGUGCCUGAGGACGCACCAAGUGGGACUGUAGUAGCUUUAAUCAGUGCACGAGACCUUGACUCCGCUGAUAACGGUAAAGUGAAAUUACAGCUUCCCAAGAGAUCUCCUUUUAAUCUGAAACCAUCGUUUUCUGAUAAUUACGCACUGGUUACCGGCGGUGCUUUAGACAGAGAGCGUUUCUCUGAGUAUAAUAUUGAGAUAACAGCCACCGAUUCAGGCUCUCCUCCUCUGUCGACGAAAAAGACUAUAAAUGUCAGCAUCACUGAUGUGAAUGACAACCCUCCUGUGUUCACUCAGUCCUCCUAUAAUGUCUAUUUAAAAGAGAAUGGGGUUCCAGGUUCCAUACUGUACUCAGUAUCAGCAUCUGACCUGGAUUUUGGUGAAAACGCCAAAAUCUCUUACUCUAUACUGGACUCUAAAGUGCAGGACGUUUCCGUCUCGUCUUAUGUUUACAUUAACUCAGAUAACGGCAGCAUCUACAGCAUGCACUCGUUUGACUAUGAGAAACUGAAGGUGUUUGAGAUUCAGGUUCAGGCAAAGGACCAGGGCUCUCCGUCUCUCAGCAGCAACGCCACUGUCCAUGUUUUUAUCCUGGACCAGAACGACAACGCCCCCGCUGUAAUUUACCCGUCCUCCGCCGCCCUGGGCUCCCUCUCUCAUCAGAGGAUGCCCCGCUCCGCUAAAGCGGGUCACCUGGUUACCAAGGUGACGGCCGUGGACGCCGACUCGGGCCACAACGCCUGGAUCUCGUACAAAGUGGCGGAGGCCACAGACGCCUCUCUGUUCACUGUCAAUCUGUACACAGGGGAGGUGAGGACUAAACGCGCUGUGUCCGAGCAGGACGACUCCUCUCAGAGGCUGCUUAUAGAGGUAAGGGACGACGGGGAACCGGUCCAGUCCGCCACCGUCACGGUGUCCAUCCUGCUGGAGGACGGCCUCCAUGAGCCCAUCUUAGACCUGCGACACAAAGCGUCCGAACCCAGCAAGAAAACUGGGAGAAUGACUCUUUAUUUGAUUCUGUCUCUGGCCUCGGUGUCCGUGCUGUCUCUGGUGACUUUUCUCAUCUUAGCGGUGAAAUGCAUGAGGAGCAGCAGAAGCAGCGGUAGUUGCUGCAUGAGACGGAGCGACUGUGAUGAUUACAAGAACCCCAACAGAAACCUGCAGAUUCAGCUCAACACCGACGGCCCUAUAAAGUACGUGGAGGUCCUGGGAGGAGACAUGUUGUCUCAGAGUCAGUCGUUCAGGUCGUGUAUGUCUCCCAUGUCAGAGUACAGUGAUUUCACUUUGAUCAAACCCAGCAGCACCACUGACUUUAAGGAGGUGAUCAGUGUCCUGGAUGCGUCUUUGCCGGACAGCACCUGGACCUUUGAGAGCCAGCAGGUGAGCUGA